GCAUGAUGAAAUAAACAGCAUGAUUUAGAAAUACAGUUUUAUGUGACACUUUCUGAUAAGCAUGCUAUUUAAGGUUUGGUUGUUUGAGGAAUAACCGCAAGAGUUUGUGAAAUACACUGCAUUUUCAUCAGGUUAUCCAGAUUGAGUGCAAACCGCAUCCAAUGAGUCGACAAAAGUUCUAUGACGUACCAGGCGGUGACACAAUUCAAUAUGAUCUCAUCGACGAGGAAAGGAACCUCCGCCUGUGCACGUUUGGUAAAGCGACGUUCGAGGAGAAUAAGGCGAUAGCAGACAACAUCCCAGACGUACCUGUCAGAGAUGACGAUAUUUUCAUCACAUCCUACCCCAAAACAGGGACGAACUGGUUCUGGGAGCUGCUUACGAUGAUUAUAUCCGGCACCUCUGAGGUAUCUGGAAAUAACAAGGGCCCGGGGAUGCUCGAGGCGUCCUCUGCAGCCGAAGUGGAGAAACAAGCCUCUCCAAGACUUCUCAAUUCACACCUUCCAACCAGAUAUUUGCCCAAGGGGGUGUUGUCGCGGUGUAGGCCAGUGGUGAUGAUCGCCCGGAACCCCAAGGACGUGGCCGUCUCAUUUUAUAACCAUACACGCGGCAUUAAACUCUACGAUUAUCAGGGCAAGUUUGAAAACUACCUCCAGAUGUUCAUGAGAGGGGAAGUUGACUAUGGUUCGUACCCUGACUACCUGCGUGACUGGCAGACAUUGAUCAGAGAUCACCCGGAGCUCCCUGUCCUUAUACUCUACUACGAGGAUCUCAAACAGAACAACGUUCAUGAGCUUCAGCGGGUGUGUGAAUUCCUGGGCCUGGAGCGAACGAACGAACUGCUGGAAGCGGUAGUGGCGACCUGCGAGAUCAACAAGAUGAGAACCGGUAAAGUCGCCAAAAUGGACUCCAAUACCAGGGACCUUCAGAAGAGGUUCUUCCGGGAAGGCUUCUCGUUGCUCCGGAAAGGCGAGGUCGGGGAUUGGAAGAAUUGGUUCACUGUAGCCCAGAAUGAGGCCUUUGACACGUGGUGGGAGGAAAAUACGCGUGACAUCGACAUGUUUUCAUUCAGAUACACGUGACAGUAAAACUCACUAAAGAUAAUUUCACAUUUACUUUAAAUGAUCAAAACUGUUUUUAUAAAUAAUUAGUAACAUAGUAUAAUAAAGAUUGAAUUAUUUGUCUUUGACAGAAUAUUAUUUUACGCAAUAAAUCGAUUUUAAAAUCA